AACAAAGAGGGCCACAACCGAAGAAGAUUCAAGUGGGGUCCACAUACUACAAGUGUCAAGUUCAGCAACACAUAACCGUCGCAACCUCCACCUUCAAAAUCAAAACUAUUCUACUCUACCAUGCCAUUCCCCUCCAAGAUUAAACUGAAAAAAGAAAUACGAUGAUGAAAACUAUUGGUCACAAUUUGAAUCUAGAUGUUAAAGCUGUAAUAAACUUUCCACCUAAAGGAAAAAUACCAAAACCGAUAACAACAUGGAAGAGGAAGAAGGUGUGGUUUGAGGUUGAAGAGGUGAAGUUGAAAAGUAAGCUAGAAUCUGUUACAAAAAGUGCUUUUGGAUUCGGCGUUUCGGCUGCUCUUUCUUUCUGUAUUUUCUUCCACGCGCCACCUGCUCUCGCUCAAUCGCUUACCGUUGCUUUUCCCGUUUCACGCGCACCGGAGGUAAAUGCAGUUCAGAGAACUCUUGUUGAAGCAUGGGGUUUGAUUCGAGAAACAUUUGUUGAUCCUACAUUUAAUCAUCAAGAUUGGGAUAUGAAGUUGCAACAAACGAUGGUGGAAAUGUUUCCUUUGAACUCAGCUGAUGCAGCUUACACAAAAAUUAGUGGAAUGCUUUCUACACUUGGGGAUCCUUUCACUAGAAUCAUCACUCCAAAGGAAUAUCAAGGAUUUAGAAUUGGAAGUGAUGGAAACAUACAAGGAGUUGGCCUCUUCAUAAAUGUUGAACCUACAACAGGACAUUUGGUUGUUUUGUCAUGCAUAGAAAACAGUCCAGCUUCCCGUGCCGGUAUUCAUCAAGGAGAUGAAAUAGUUGAGAUAAAUGGGGAAGGGCUUGAUGGCAUUGAUAGUGAAGGUGCGGCACAGAGGCUUAGAGGGAAUGCCGGGACAACCGUUACAGUAAAGGUCAAAGAUUCGAGUAAAAGCUCUUAUAUCCGAGAGGUUAAUCUUCCAAGGGAGCUUAUCAAGCUCUCUCCAAUAUCCAGUGCCAUUAUCCCUCACAAAUCCUCAGAAGGGCAGGUGAUAAAAACUGGCUAUGUCAAAUUGUCAACCUUCUCUCAGAGUGCUGCUGAAGACAUGCAGAAUGCUAUCCAGGAAAUGAAAAAUCAAGGAGUACACUCAUACAUACUUGAUCUCCGUAACAAUCCCGGAGGUUUGGUAAAAGCAGGCCUUGAUGUUGCUCAGAUGUGGUUAGAUGGAGAUGAGACUCUGGUGAAUACAAUCGAUAGAGAUGGGAACAUGUCACCUAUUAAUAUGAUCAAUGGACAUGCUAUAACACAUGAUCCACUUGUAGUGAUUGUCAAUGAAGGAAGUGCAAGUGCCAGUGAGAUCUUAGCUGGGGCAUUACAUGAUAACGGACGGGCAAUUCUUGUAGGAAACAAAACAUUUGGAAAAGGAAAGAUUCAGAGUGUCACACAGCUUCACGAUGGUUCGGCCCUCUUUGUUACAGUUGCAAAAUACGUAUCACCGGCUCUUCAUGACAUAGAUCAGGUCGGGAUAACGCCAGACGUGCAGUGCACAACAGAAAUGCUUAAUUCAGCAAAAGAACUUUCAACCAAAGAUAAAACCUCAAUCUCAUCUCUUGAAGCAGAUUCAUGCAUUAUGGUAGCUGAACAUGAGUUGGAUAUGGAGUCAAAGGGAACUCUUUCUUGAACAUUGUCUUUUUCUUCCAUUUUCUUUCCAAUGUUCAAAGUUGAAAGGAAAGUUAUUUCAGUGCUGCUAACUUUUACAACGCUAUGUUGUAAUGCAUCAGUAUAUAAAAUAGAGAGACCAAUUGUGUAUAUAUCAUUCAAUAGAAUAAUAGAAAAUUUACCUUUUCUAUUACAAGAUUGAGAAACAGAUAAGUUAUGAAGAAUUCAAUUAAAGGAAACAACAAAAGUAAUCAAUUAUUAAGGAAUUCAACAAAUACAUAACAUAUAUCAGAUCACACCAAUAGGAGAGUACAAGUUACAUGCCUACUACAGUACUGCUCAUAAUAAAGCUAGUUUUCAAUACAAUACCAUUUUCAACAAACAAGCAUAAACUUUUUCACUUCAACAUGAAUGCCACAAGAGAAACCAAAACAGAAGAACAUAAGACCAUCUUAGAAACAGGUAAAGCAAACCCAUCUCCAGCCUCCAAUUGACCUGUUGGUGCAAUCUCUGAAUCUUGUGCCACAAUGUUUGUCACACAAAACAUGCCAAUGAUCAUUACUGCCAUCAAAAUGUUAGCAGUAAAGCUACCAAAUGAAGCCAUUUUCAGAGAAUAUGGUUGUUUUA